AUGGAUAUCGGGGACUCUGACGGUGGGGGUUUUGGAGGGGAGCAGUCGAACAGGCCUCGCACUCUCCCAGCCGACCUCCCUAAAUCGCUUGACGACCGCCGCGCGAUGCCUACAGAGCUGAUGCCAGAGACCGAGAUCCUCGAUGCUAAUCGCCAUGUCUUCUGCCCAGGCCAGUCGCAGUUCCUGACCACUCCAAUACUCGCAAAGCCUCUCCAGUUUAGCAACCUUACUCUCGACGACCCUAGUUACGAACAAGACCUGACCAAAGGCAUCCACGAUAACGAUGCGCGACUUAUGGAGAUGCUUCAGGCACAGGCGCAACACCGCGGGGGCCAAACCUUCGAGGAUGAAGAUGCCAUCGCGUCGGACGAGAAGCUUUCAGAUGAAGAAAAGAAGAUGACGCUACAAAAGGCCCUGAACAUGUCCGCAAGCAAUGGUGAUUUAGAGCACAUGAAGAAGAUACUCACCGGAAAGGCCAAACCAUUUGUCAAUGUCAACGCGCAAGAUGAAGAUGGAACGACCCCGUUGGUCUAUGCCAGCUGCUUUGGUCACGAACCCGUAGUACAAGCUCUCGUAGAUGCUGGUGCCGAUGUGGAUAAGCAGGACCGGAAUCAUUGGAGUGCCUUGAUGUGGGCGAUGACGAACCGACACAAGGGCAUUGCGAAGAUACUGUUGGACAACGGGGCCUCCCCUGAGGCCAAGACCUCCUCCGGCCGGACCGCCUUCGAUUUUGUGCCUCCCGAUAGCGAGAUGUCUUUCUACUUGCAUGACAACGGCUACAAUAUCGGAAACGCCGGCGUAACCGACGAUUUCUAUAACCCCGGAUUCUCCCAGGAUAGGUUCGAAGAAGAGAUGGCCGAGAAUGAGAUCCGUCGACGAAUGAUGAUGGACAGCGCAAGAGACCUCGAGGUUGAUCUGGGAAAUAUGGGAAUCGAUGACCAACCCGAGCCUGUGGAUGACUUUGAGGAGGAACAGCAGGAGUUCGACUGGAACCGAUGCCUGCAUGACCAGAUGUUUGUCUUCCAGGAGAGUGAGCUGGACCGGAUACUCGAUAUCAUUAUCACCAAUAUGCGGCCCCAGCGAUCACCGUCCCAGAAACCAGUACCGGCGAAUAUGAUAUUUCUUAGCGCACGAUACGCGCACUAUCAUGCAAACCACGAGCUGUUGGCGCAAUUACUUGUCACCGCCCAGGACAAGAUCAACGAUGUCGUGGAGGAACAUCAGUGGGACAUGACCAUCCUGGCCUUCUGGAUGUCGAAUGCAACAUUGUUACUACAUUACCUUAAAAAGGACUCGGGCCUUGUUGAGGCCACGACUGAGUUCCAGGCGCAGCUCGCCGAGCUGGUCAACGAAAUAUUUAUACUCAUUGUCAGAGACGCGGAGAGGCGUCUAGACAAAGUGUUAGACUCAGCAAUGCUUGACCACGAAACAAUUCCAGGUCUCGAAGACGUCACCUUCCAGCACGAGUGGAAGCUCUUCAAACGUAAGAAGGAGGUCAAGACCGAGCCCCUCGAGAAGCGAUUUCGGCCACCGUCGCCAAAGCAGCGCGCGAAACCCGCACCGCGAAACGUGACAUCGCUUCUUUCAUCGACGCUUUUCGUACUUGACCUUUAUGACAUCCACUCCGUCAUUACAUCCCAGAUUGUCUCGCAACUACUCUAUUGGUUAGGUGCGGAGCUCUUCAACCGAGUAAUGAACAACCGGAAAUACCUGGCGAGGACCAAGGCAAUGCAGAUCCGCAUGAACGUGUCCGUCUUGGAGGAUUGGGCUAGGGCCAACAACCGGAAGCCUGAACAUUACGAGCACGGCGAGACCGAUGCAUCGGGUGAGACGACGGUAGAAGCUGCUCGGAGGCAUCUCGCGCCAACUGUUCAGCUCCUUCAAUGGCUGCAGUGUUUCUCGUCGCUAGACCCCGAUGACCUAGAAGCCCUGGUGGGCACUCUCCAGCAACUUAAACGCCUAAGCCCCCAGCAACUCAUAUACUCUGCUAAGAACUAUCGACCGGAAGUUGGGGAGAAGGGCCUGCCCAAGAGCGCUCUGAAGUAUCUCGACGCAAUUCAGAAGGAGGCAGCGCUAAGAAGAGAUCGUAGGAGGACAGUCUCACCGAUGCCGCCAAGCAGCGCACCAUCAACACCAGUGAAGAUCUCUUCCAACGGCAUUGAUACGGAAAAUACCCACAGUGUGCAAGGCACGCCGAAUCCAGAGCAGGAUGAUGAUGACGACAUCCCUGACGGGAUCAAUCUAGACCCCUCGAUCAUGCUGCCAUUCACGCUUCCCACGGUCACGGACAUGCGGGUAUCAUACGGCGCUGGCUUUGGAGGGCUCAAUCGAGAACGUGAGAGAAAGUAUAUUCCAACGGUUCCCCCUGAGUUUCUCGAAAAGCUAGAAGUGAGUGGCAACUCGAGCCGGCCUAUGUUUGGCGAAAAGGAUUGGGAGAACGAGGAGGUAUGA